AUGAGGAGUUUCGCGAUCUUCCUCGCAGCGGGGGCCUGCGCUCUUUUGCAGUCUCCCGUUCUUGCCUGGCAUUCCGGGCCGCACAUGAUCGUCGCGUCGAUCGCGCGUAGCCAGUUGUCUGCCCUCGUCCAGCUGAAGGUCGACUAUAUUCUGGGGCUCUGGCGAGGACAGUACCCAAACUACGCGACUAUGGAACGCGCCUCCGUCUGGCUGGACGACAUUAACGGGAAGGGACCACCGUAUCGGCAGCCAGCUCGACGCUUCGAUUUCCUUCAGGUCUUCCGCUUCAUGCAUGGUGUGAACAUCCCGUACAACCCGGAAGGGAUCCAACUGCAAGGACUUGACGCGUUUCUCCCGAUCUAUGAACGAAGUGCGGAGUAUCUCCUGGACCUGGCGUGGGAAGGCCUGAAGGCAACGACGCCGACCACUGAGAAGCUGGAAGAUCCCUUUUGCAGUGUUCCGCCGCCCCUUUCGCACUUUGCUGCGGCAGGAUACCUGGAGGGGACGGUGAACUCUCCUGACUCAAAUUUGCUGGAACCUUCGAUUCCAGAAGAGAUUCAAGCAAGCACGAGUCUCUCCACGUCGUCGCGCUCCCAAGCAGUUCAAGACGGAGGCGCUCCUGUAGGGACGCUUCUCUCGUUAAACUUUUUCCUGAGGAUCCUUAUUCACCUCAUGGCGGAUAUACACCAGCCGCUCCACAGCGUCUUGGCCUUCUCCCCCGCAUUCCCGAAAGGCGACCGUUUCGGUUCCGAGAUCCCGCUGAUUCUGCCUGAUGGACGCUCGACGAACCUUCAUGCAUUUUGGGAUGGAGCGGGAAGCGUCUAUAUGAAACACUUGGACGAGUACGAUGACCGGGAGAUUGCUGCAGAGGCACAACGCAUCAUGGAGGACUUCCCAAAGGAACGCGUGCAGGGUCGCUUGACUCCUGAACUCCUUGCGCCGAACUUCCGCAAAAUCGCGGAGGAAAGCCAUCGCUUCGCAGCGGAACUUGCCUACAGAGAAUUCAAUUUCCGCACCUUCACACGAGCCGACCUCCCGUACAUCCCCUCAAGUGGUUACGUGUCAGAUGUGAGGCUUGCAUCUCGACUCCAAAUCGCGGUUGCCGGUUACCGUUUGGGGGCCGCACUUGAAGAACUAUCCGCUUUCCUUCCCGUACCGGACUUUGUUCAAAACGGCGCAAGUAACGAAUAA